UUACUUUUUUUUAUAUAUAAAAAAAUUAAAAAUACUGUCAAAAUUUACAGUCAGUAGUCAAUUUCACUUGAGCUUCUUCGGUCUUCAAUUCACCUAUCGUCUGGAAGGCAUGGACCCUUCCUUGCCCCAAAAUCUGGAGGAAUACAGCGCUUCCUCAACAACCAUAAAAUUCGACCGCCCUAUUCCUUUACUCCGGGGCCCCAUCCCUGCCGGUCCUUCGGAUGACCCGUCCUCUGGUCCAUACCUCCUCGCCUUCAAAGACCUUCCUUCCUGGGCCGCCGCAUACAAAUCCACCGAGUCAAAAAUCAUAUCUCAAUGCGAGGAAGGUGCCAGAAUCGGAUGCGCCAUCAGCGCGUCCAACAAGUGUAAACCCCCCUGGUGGCAAUCUCUGAUUGGCUGGAAAUCAAUGGACUUAAAGGAGAGAGAGCGCUGCGAAGAUCGUGAAAUGGAAGAGUGUUUGGUUGCGGCCAAGGAAAAGUGCGUCGGCUUCGCUAAGGAGAGAUGUACUAUGCCGUUUCUGGACGCGAGAAUCGCGGUGGGCGAGAGGGAGGUAAGGAACAAAUUGGCCGGGAGGAUGGUACACUUGGCGUCAAUGCCGGUGGAAAGUAGGUGGCGCGAUUUGAUUGGGUUGGAUAAGUUAGGAGAACGGGAAUUUACGGUGACCAAUUAUAGAGCGAGUCAAUAUAUGCUCUCCGGUUCCCAUUUUCAGACGUGACAUGGCAAUGUGGUUGCAGAAUUGUUGUCGAAUUUUGAAGCAGUGGCAACUUUAAAAUGACAAUUGGGUGCUGUUUUGAACAGACAACACUAAGCUCAGGUCAUCAUUGGGUGGAAUAAAGAAAUCUUUUGGGGAAGGUAGCGCUGUUGGCAAUUCCACAAUAGUCUAGAUGGAGCUCUGGUUGAGGGAGAGUUGUGUAGCAGAAACAGUUGGCCUGCUAUGCCGUUGUUUUGAGUAGAAAUUUGUUCCCUUCUCUAACCGCCAAGAAAGUUGAAAUAAGGUAAUGUCGUGGGUUGCUCGAUCAAGUAAGGGAAAUUCAAGGUUGCUGGCCUGACUAGAAAUUUCACUUUGCUUUUGCCGUUAUUAUUGAAAUCCUGCUGUGCUUUCGUUGACAUUUCUAGACAAGGAGCGGUGGAACACACUGCUUUUACGUUGUGCUUGUCAUGUUUAAAGUUCACUUCUGCAUGUUUUCAUUGGAUUGUUUGUUUAUUAAGGUCCAACACCAUAAUCCAGUUUUAAACGUUAUUAUCCAGUUUUAAAAUUGGAAACUUGUGGCUACUGCUACCUGAUUUUGACAAAGAAUAGAAGUAAAUUGAAUGAGACUAUUUCUGUGAAUUAAAUUUAAAAGCCCGAUUGAGCUGACAUCAUGGCGUACUUGGAUAAAUCUGGCUCAAGGAGUUUCAUUUAAUAAAAUAAUUAAAAUAAUUUAAAAAAAAAAAAAAACAAAGAGAAAAUGAUGGAGAUAA